GAACUGAGGAGGGGAGGGGGUCGAGGUGAGAGCUUUGUAUUAGACUACUGAUAUUGUACUGACUGACAUCCUGCAGGAGGUUACAUUUUAUACUAUUUAUACUGUACAUCUUGCUAUACGCUGAGAGGGUCUGAUUCCUCUCAAUGAAGACUGAUGCUGGUGUUUGCGUGAUGUCACUCAAAGGGCUCUGCAAUUGUGGGUGAUCGGCAGAGCAGCAGGGUGCAAGCCCCUGGAGGAGCCUGGCAUUCAACUUCUACUCCGUCACAUUGUCCUCACUUCCUAAAGAGUUCUACCACAAGUAAACCCGGUCUAAUGACUAUUACUGGAUAAUCAAAGACAAGCCUAUCUUCCUGCAGCGUGGUGUCCCCGACCGGAGGAGACGGAUGAGCUGUCAUCUGCUCUUGGACACCUGAAGGGCUAUCACUAAUGGAAUAGUGGAUUGAUAAAGCUUUUCUAAUUGCCUUUAAUUCUCUCCUGUACGAGGAGCUGGAGCAGCAGGGUGGACAUGGCCAGCUUUGUUAGCAGUUUCGUUAUACUGUGUCUUAUAUUACAAGACAGCUGUUAUUCUUUCAGGAGCCCCCUCUCAGUAUUUAAAAGGCAUCAGGAAUCACCCAGUUCCCUUUCGAAUGGAUGCUCAGGACCAACAAGGCCUGUUACUUCACCAGACUCAUCGGAUUUUACUCUGGAUAUACGAAUGCCAGGGGUAACGCCAACAGAGUCUGACACCUAUCUCUGCAAAUCUUACCGGCUGCCGCUUGAGGAUGAAGCCUUUGUAGUUGACUUCAGGCCUCAUGCCAAUAUGGAGACCACACAUCACAUGCUCCUGUUUGGAUGCAGCUCCCCCUCGUCCACUGAAGAUUACUGGGACUGUGGAGCUGGACCCUGCACAGAUAAAUCUAGCAUUAUGUAUGCCUGGGCAAGAAACGCCCCACCAACCAAGCUCCCUAAAGGUGUUGGAUUUAAAGUUGGAGGAAAUUCUGGCAUUAAGUAUUUUGUUCUUCAGGUUCAUUAUGGUGACGCCAAAGCAUUCCAAGAUAAUCAUAAAGACUGUACUGGAGUGACCGUACAAAUCACACCUGAAAGGCAGCCACUGAUUGCUGGCAUUUAUCUCUCCAUGUCUAUGGACACUGUAAUCCCACCGGGUGAAAAGGCUGUGUAUUCAGAUAUCGCCUGUGUAUAUGAAAAGCCAACCAUGCACCCCUUUGCCUACAGAGUCCACACACAUCAGUUGGGUCAAGUUGUAAGUGGGUUCAGAAUCAGGAAUGGCAAGUGGACUUUGAUUGGAAGGCAGAGCCCACAGCUACCACAGGCAUUUUACCCAGUAGAAGAGCCCCUUGAAAUUCGCCCUGGAGAUAUUAUAGCUACCAGGUGUCUUUUCACCGGUCAGGGCAGGACAUCCAAUACUUAUAUUGGAGGAACGUCAGGCGAUGAAAUGUGCAACCUGUACAUUAUGUAUUACAUGGAUGCUGCCCGGGCCAGUUCAUACAUGACAUGUGUACGGACAGGGGACUCGAAACUAUUUCAAGAUAUCCCUGAAAUAGCCAAUAUUCCUGUGCCAGUUAACCCUGAUAUGGUGAUGAUGGCGCAUGGCCAUCACCAUGAUAUGAAGGAACCAGAAGCAAGAAAUAUACAGAAGCAACCUAAGCGAGAGGAGGAAGAAGUGUUAGAUCAGGGUGAUUUCUAUUCCGUCCUUUCCAAACUCCUAGGAGAAAGGGAAGAUGUUGUUCAUGUCCACAAAUAUAACCCCACUGAUAUUAUAGGGUCUGAUCUCGUAGCGGAGAUCUCUAAUGUGGUACAAAAGAAAGACCCUGGCUGGUACAUAUCCAGACAAGUCUUAGCACAUGACGAGAGGCCUGAUGCCAUUCUGGUCAGAGAUCGAAUUCACAAAUUCCACAAGUUAGAAUCCACACUGAGACCACCGGGCAAUAUGCUGUCCCUGGUGCAGCCAGCUAGACGUCAUCAAGUGGACAACUGGCAUCCAGGAGGUUUUCACUUGGAAGAGGACGUUGACUGGCCUGGAGUAAAUUUGAAAGUAGGGCAGGUGUCUGGGCUAGCUCUGGAUCCCAACGACAAUUUAGUUAUAUUUCACAGAGGUGACCAUGUGUGGGAUGAAAACUCUUUUGACAGAAAGUUUGUUUAUCAACAAAGAGGAAUCGGGCCUAUUGAAGAAAGCGCCAUCCUCGUGGUUAAUCCAAACACCUCCGCCAUCCUGCAGUCAACUGGCCGGAACCUAUUUUAUUUGCCUCAUGGGUUAACAGUCGACAGUGAUGGCAACUUUUGGGUCACUGAUGUUGCCCUUCACCAGGUUUUCAAGCUUGGGCCUAAUGGCGCUCCUCUUUUAACCCUGGGGGUGGCUUUCCAACCUGGCAAUGACAAAAGGCAUUUCUGUCAGCCAACUGAUGUUGCAGUGGAUCCCAUCACCGGAAACGUCUUUGUAUCUGAUGGCUACUGCAACAGUAGAAUUGUACAGUAUUCACCCCAUGGGAUGUUCAUCAUGGAAUGGGGAGAAGAACCAUCUUUAAGGGUCGCUAAAGCUGGAGAGUUCCGUAUUCCACAUAGUCUAGCCAUGGUACCGGAUGCGGGGCAGCUGUGUGUGGCUGACAGAGAGAACGGGAGAAUUCAGUGUUUUCUAGCAGAAACUGGACACUUUGUCAAAGAAAUCAAACACAAAGAAUUUGGGUCAGAGGUGUUUGCCAUUUCUUAUAUUUCAGGUGGAAUAUUAUUUGCAGUUAAUGGCAAGUCCUAUUGGGACACUGUGCCUGUGCAAGGCUUUGUGAUGAACUUUUCCACGGGAGAGAUCCUAAGCACAUUUGUCCCAGUUAGAAAGAGUUUUGACAUGCCUCACGACAUUGUCGCUUCAGAAGAUGGGACCGUUUUUGUUGGAGAUGCGCACGCUGAUACCGUGUGGAAAUUCUCUCCCUCGGAAAUCGAUGAGCAUCGAUCAGUGAAAAAGGGUGGCAUUGAGGUUGAAGAAAUAACAGAAACAGAAAUUUUGGAAACGCGUGUUAGAAGCCGUCCCAAAUCAAACACCUCGGCCACGGAACAGCACAAUGGCCAGGCGAAGCAGACUGUCGUUCAGCAAAGCGGAGUUGGAGUCUCCUUCAUCCUCAUUAUCACUUUGUUGAUAAUCCCUGUAGUGGUCCUUGUCGCCAUUGCAAUAUUCAUACGCUGGAGGAAGGGCAGAAUAUACGGGGGUGAAGGCGAACACAAAUCCGAACCAUCAUCUGGAGGGAUCCUAGGAAAACUAAGAGGCAAAGGAAGCGGAGGCCUCAAUUUAGGAACUUUCUUUGCAAGUCACAAAGGAUAUAGUCGAAAAGGUUUUGACAGACUAAGCACAGAAGGCAGCGACCAUGAAAAGGAUGAUGACGACGGUUCAGAUUCUGAAGAAGAGUAUUCAGCACCCACUAUCCCACCAGUGCCAGUAUCUUCUUCCUGAAUCCUCUACUUCCACUCAGCCCUUGGCCCUUUAGCACGUUUAAGAUUGUGUAUUUAAUUGUAACUGUACUAGUCUCUGUGGGCUGUACAAGUGUCAUGUUUUCUUUAUUUUCCCUUAUGAGUGCAGUUGUAGUCCGUACGUGAACAUUCAGAACCCCUUUUGUUAUCACUAUAGAAAACUUCUUAGACAAUGUAAUUCUUAUGUUUUUGGUUCAUUGAGCGUUCUCCAUUUGUUUUAUGGCCUUCCUCCGCUUCUCCAGUAGCACUUUAAUUGCCAAUUUAUUAUCUUCAUGCCUUUCAAGGUCACUACUAAUUGCAGUACAAAGUUGUGUGCCACAUAAAAUGCAAAGCUGCUAAAUCUCUUCUAUUUUUUUAAAUUCACAAUAUGAUAUAGCGUCCAAAAUAAUUAAAAUUGUAAAAGAUAAAAAAAAAGAUAUAUUUAAUUUUUGUUCUGGUGUUAUUGGGAUGUCUUAUUUUUAGAUGGUUACACUGUUUAGAACACUAUUUUCAGAAACUGAAUGUACUUUGUGUAAUAAAGUGUUCGCAGAGCAUUAAAUUCA